AAAUAUUCUGUGAAUGUGGAAUUGAAACAAUGAGACAUAAAUAUGUUUUGAAGUGAAGGUUUUAGUGUAGAAAAAAAUUCAAAAAAUCAUAAUGUUUCUGUUGCAAAUACUGUACUCCAAAUUAAUUUUCAAUUGUUAUGGUUAAAUAUUGCAGAACAUUGAUGUAAAAAGUACAUUCCAUUGCAAGCAAUAUUAUAGAAAUAAAAAGUAUAAUAACAGUUUUGUCGGCCAUUUGAGUCACCAUGAGCCAAAAGGUGAAACCAGGGAGCACGAAAGGAGAUGUUUCUUAUCUCCGCGCCACAGCACCACCUGCGGGGCCACCACUUCCCAUAUCACCACCACCGAUGAGAGAGGGCAACAUAACUCCUGUAUCUCAAAUGUCUAGCAUGGAUGAAUGGGACGACCGGGAUGAAUUCCGUAUGAGGGAACUUGAAGAAGCUAGAGCUCGAGCAACACAGAUGGAAAAGACAAUGCGUUGGUGGUCAGAUUGUACUGCCAAUUGGAGGGAAAAAUGGAGCAAAGUUCGUAAUGAAAGAAAUAAGGCUCGUGAAGAAAACAGACAAUUACGUGCCAAAUUAGAGGCAUUAGUUAAAGAAUGUACACAGUUAAAACGAGAAAGACAAGAAUUUUGUGCAGAAACUAUCAAACUGAAAAAACAACUUGGAAUGGAUGUUGAUUCUACUGUUUUAGAGAAUCCCAGGCCAGAGUUAUCUCCUGUUAGUGAUAGAUCUGCACAACUAGCAGACAAUUCCAGCGAGGAAGCUAAAGAUUUACAAGCUUUAUCUCCGACCAGAACUAAAACAAAAACUGAAGUGAACAAUUUGAAUAUCAAUGUUGAACAACAAAAGUCACAAUCAAGACCAAAAAUGUUUGACGAACUUUCAAAUGAGUCGGAUGGAAGUCUAGCUGAAGAGAAAAAGGCCCUAUAUGAACUGAAGCUGGAUGAAGCACAAAAGACGUUGCUUGGUGAAAGAGAGUAA